GGCACCGUGAAUCACGGCCGUUUGAUCGCAAAGAUGCUAGUUAGGGUUUAUGGAAUGUAGCAUGGCGCUGAGCGCUGUGAUCCCCGCCAGGCGCUUCUUCCUCCCCAGGGCUCUCAGGUACGAGGCAAUCCCCAAGAAAUCGUGCUGCGCGUGCGCGGCAUCGAUCCAGCAGUACAAUGCGGGCGCCAGCGAUGACAAUGGCAGCAAUCCGCAACGCUACUCGAUGUUCUCGGACAGAGCACGGGAUCUAGGACCGCAGCAGGGGCAGGAAUUCCAUCCGGAUGAUGGAUUUCGAUCGGCGGGCUCGCGCUCCGUCGCGUCACGGCCCUCCAUUCCAGGGAGAUAUUCCAAGUACUCCAAGAACGAGCCCUUCCGGAAGAUAUCCAGUCCUACAAAGCGGCCUCCUCGGCCAAUCUUACCGCCGGCUUCCAGAGGCUACUCCAGUUCUUCGCAACCGAGUGAGAGCUCUUCGCAAGGAUUGGACGCUUCCCCGUCUCCUCCUCCUGCUCCAUCUCUCCAGUUUCCAGAAGGAUCAAAUCUUCCCAAUUGGUCGAGGAAACACCUAGAACAGGCAAGCUCUGCUCGUCGAGUGAGGCCGCCACCUUUGCCACGAGAACAUCUCGAGCUGCCAGUGCCAAAGUAUCCAAACCGGCUCCAGCAAGGCUUUGCUACUCGGUGGAUUCGCAGUGAGCCCGCGGAAGAGCGGCCGGUUUACGAGCUUCCUUUCGAGUUCCAGUACACAUACUCGGAGAUGCCAAAGGAAGAACCUAUCGCCGAGCGAGGCCCGCAGUUCUCUCCUUUCGGUCCCGACACGAUGCCGAGGCCGUGGACUGGAAGAAAGCCGCUGCCUCCCAGCAAGAAGAAGCGGCACGAGAUCGACUCUUUCAAUCCGCCGCCUCCGAAUCUCAAAGGCGUGAAGCCGGUCGAGCCGGCGGGUCCGUUUCUGGAAGGACAGCGUCCAAUCCUGGCGACCACUCGAGAGGAGGUGAUGGGAGAGCCUCUCACUCCGGAUGAGAUUGGAGACCUUGUUCUAGCGUGCAACAAGGAGCAUCGGCAAGUUAAUAUUGGCAGGGACGGGCUAACGCACAAUAUGCUGGAUUUGAUCCACUGCCACUGGAAACGCAGACGAGUUAUCAAGCUCCGGUGCAAGGGAGUUCCAACCAUCGACAUGGACAAUGUGUGCUUUCACAUAGAGGACAAGACUGGCGGUAAGAUCAUCCAGCGGCAUGGUGGAUCGAUCUAUUUGUUUCGAGGACGCAACUACAACCCAAGAUACCGGCCUGAGAUUCCUCUCAUGAUGUGGAAGCCUCCAGUGCCGAUCUAUCCGCGACUUAUCCAGCAGGCUCCGGCGGGUUUGAGCGUGGAGCACGCCGACUACUUGCGACGACGGGGCCGACGAGUGAAACCACUCACUAAGCUAUCUAGAAACGGUGUUUACUUGCAUCUCGUGAACGAAGUUAAGUCCGCAUUCGAAGUGGACGAGCUAGUGAAGCUCGACUGCCGAGGCAUGAACAUCGCCGAUGUAAGAAAGAUCGGAGCCAAGCUCAAGGAGCUCUUGGGAAUCGUCCUUCUAUCUUUCGAAGACAACUGCGUCCUCAUGUGGAGAGGCCCUGCAAAACUCACCGAGGGCGAGCAAGCCACGCAGGAUUUCAUCCGGCAGAGUGUUUUCGAGGGGAAGGAAAACAGCGACGCGUCGGAAGAACCCAACCAAGUGGAUCCGGCCUUGCUGCAAGCUGCCAAGGAACUCGAGAACUUGUGGGAGCGAGCUAUAAACUUCGGGAUGGUGACCACUCUGGAGGACAACCAGUUGGAUCCCGACACUGUUAAGUCACUUUGUGGAGCUCCGCCGCCGGUGAAACGCGUGCCCCGGCCCGAGGACGAAGACGACGAGCCGAAAGUGUUCGAGGUGGAGGACCGCAACAAGAGACGCGAGGAACUUCUACUCCAGAAGAGGCUGGCGGAGCCUUUGCCUCCUCCCGAGCCGUCUGUGGGAGUUUUACCGGUGGACGAACUGGCCAAGCUGUUAGCUUCUCCGAGAUGAUGGAAUAGAGCAAGUAAGUAUCUAGAGUA